AAUAUCAUAAAUGUGAUCUAUGUGGUUUAUCCCCCAUAAUGUUCCUUUAAGGAUUACUGGUUCUGGGUUCUUAUGGGUUAAAGGAAGUAAGCACUUCUAUUAUUGUUUUGAAUAGAGAAGAAAGUUUAAUCCCAGCAGCUGUAUUACGCAACCUCCUGUAUCCUGCAGUAACUCUUAUUUUGCUAGUUUCGUUUCCAGUGAAACAGUAACCUAGAGGGAGACGUGCAUGCUUUCACACCAACACACACAUCAGAUCCCUGGCGGCAGCACACUGACUCAGACAACUCAACAAGGAAACGCUGUCUAUAAAAAACACAGAAGGGAAGUUUCGUACCACCGUUACUUUGAGAUCGACUUCCUUGAUGUGAUUAACUCACAUAGCUGCUGAAGUCUGCAGAGGAUUGUGCUUUACUCUUACCGCUCGGAUGUCAGGACGAGUCAUGAGGUGCUGUGUGGUUCUGUUCUUUGCCUUAACUUCUGUCUCAGCGGUACAGAAAAAGCUGGAUUCAAUCAAUGAUUUGAAGAAAAUAAAGUUUGGCCAAUCUGUGCCCAAACACAGUCUAUUGCUGCUCUACUGGUUCGCCAACGAAGUUGACAUCAACGAUAACAACGUCAUCACGCUGACCUUUGACGCAGACGGAGGAGAUUACGGCUCGCAUCACUAUGGCAACUCUGAGGGGCUGUUGGAGCCGCUGCCUCGGGAAAAUGAAUACACCUACUUCACUAUUGGUAAUCUCCAUCAACAAACGUCCAUGCCACUUCCACCUUAUGUUGGACAUCCCAGAGCAGAGUAUGAGGAAGGAAACAGGGACAGGAUCAUAUUUCGUGUCAGGGAGCAGAACAGAGGAAGGAGAUCUUGGCAGAGGAUAGACCAAGUGUACAUCACACAGCAUUAUGCCACUUAUGAACAUCGGGGAACAGGUUAUGAUCCAGCUCGUACCUACAGGAUCACUACUAACCUCUUGAGACAGAUCAGAGAGUUUUCUUUGGGAGAAAACCAACAGCAGCUUUUGUAUCUUAGAAACUACUAUCGAAGUAACGCUGAUGUUUCCCAGAUCAGAAACACGUGGGUUAAUCUUGCUGGCCUUGGACUGCUGUUGUCUAUUGUGAUUCACUCCUCCAACCAAAACAACAAACAAAGUGAUUUUGUGGUGAAUUUCAACGAUGAUGAGGACAAAAAAGCCCCGACUGGGAACAGAAACUCAGGCAGCUACAACACCUCAGAGCCCGUGAACAACGACUGGGGGUGCAUGUCUAUUUGUGCUUUCAUACUUUUCAUUGUAUUGUUUAUUUGUGUACUUUGUUUUUUCUAUUUAUAAGAAAAAAAUAAAACUGUAUUUAUCCUGUGGGAAGUUACUGUGCAACUGUUCCAAUACAAAAUGGGAAAACUGUAAAUAUAAGGACUGCAAAGAUAAAGUGUAAGAAACAAUGUGUGUGCAAAGUGCAAAGCUAAAAAUAUAUUGGCAAUGCAAAAAUCUGGUUAAAAUAUGUUACAUAAUAUAAACAGGUUAACUUUAUCAGUCUGGUUGGGAUUGCAUAUAGAUAUGUAUGCACAAUGUCAAAUCUGAAGUACCAAAAGGAACACGUCUCUAUUACAAUAUGCAAUAAAUGAAUCCAUGAAUGAUUAAAGGCUGUGCUGUACAUUAAUUAUGACAACUAUGGCUAGGAGAAACAUGGUGACCAACCAAUCUAAAAUCACCACAUCACAGGUUCAAAUUGACCACAUUUCUUAGGCCAUUAAAUGCAUUAAAAUCAGAAUCAGAAAUCUGACAUGAAUAUACCUUACAACAUGGGUCU